ACGCAGUACAAAAGUCGAGAAUCGUACGAAGGUUAUUAAACUCGGGGGACCAGCAGUAUCGAGCCUCAUUCUCGUCUCGAACGAGGAGAGACGCGGAUCUCGACUGCUAUAUAACGCGAAGUUUUAACAAGUGGCAGACGAGGAAAAAACACAAAACUCGGCAAAAAUGUUGAAAUUAAUAAAUAUCGUUUGUUUGCUGGUGGCAAUUAAUUUGCAAGGGAGUUUCGCCGUUGAAAAAUUAAAGUUGUCGUCAGGAUAUGAAAUCCCGGUCGUUGGUUUGGGUACUUCUACCAUAAAACUCGACAACAUGGAAGAGGCAAUUUUGAGCGCCUUAAACAAUGGAUACAGGCACAUUGACACCGCCUUUUCUUACAAAAAUGAGGCUGCAAUCGGAAAAGCGGUGAAAAAGUGGUUAGAUAUGGGCAACAAACGAGAAGAUUUAUUCAUCACCUCAAAGCUGCCAAGCCAAGCUCAUCGGCCUGAAAGUAUAGAAAAGUACUUGAUCCAAUCGCUGAAGGAUUUGGAUAUGGAUUACGUCGAUAUGUAUCUGAUCCAUACCCCAUGGGCCUCCAAAGAAGGAGCCAACUUGGACGCUGUCACAGAGAACGGUAACGAAGUUUUGGACGAUGUAGAUCACAUCGCCAUGUGGAAGGUCAUGGAAAAACAAGUCAAGGCAGGACGCGCCAAAUCCAUCGGAUUGAGCAACUUCAAUAAAUCGCAAAUUGCUCGAGUAUACGAUAAUGCAGAGAUCAAGCCGAGUAAUUUGCAGGUCGAGUCUCACGCCUACCUGCACCAGAAGGAUCUGCGCAAAUUUUGCAAGGAGCGCAACAUCGUCGUGACGGCUUACGCGCCGCUGGGCUCGCACGGCACGCGCUACUACACCCACGGCGGCACCAAGAAGGAGCUGCCCUCGCUGCUGACGGUGCCGCUGGUCAAGGACGAGCUCGCCCAGAAGUACAAGAGGACGCCGGCUCAGAUUCUGCUGAGGCACACCGUGCAGGACGGCCUGGCCGUCAUACCCAAGAGCUCCAACCCCGCCCGCCAGAAGGAGAACAUCGAAAUCUUCGACUUCAAGCUCGACGACGAGGACAUGAAGAAGCUCGACGAGCUGGACAAGGGCAAAUACGGACGAGUCUUUGACUUUCUCGCUUGGUACAAAGACCUCGACAAGCAUCCUCAAUACCCAUUUGUGAGCGAGGUUCAAUCGGCAUAAAUAAUGGCCCACACUCUAUGAUGCACGAAGAGUCGACAUGAAUAUUUAUUUGUACAAAAUGUUCUUUUAUACUCAAUAAAUGUUAUUCA